AAACAAAGAUAAGAGCGGGGAGGAGCCACACCACGACCAUGUGACCCAGAGGGCUCCGAAACCCGACUGCAGCCUCUGGUUUUAGCAGGAAACUGAAGUCUGAGAGAAGGUGAGUCUGAGUCCAGAAGUUUGUCAUUUCACUCCUGAAGUCUUUGUUUAGUUGUUGUUGGUGUGAGAGAAACUUUGAAGUGGACCAAGAUCAGGAAAGGAGCUCUGAGUGUGUGUGUGUGUGUGUGUGUGUGUGUGUGUGUGUGUGUGUGUGUGUGUGUGUGUGUGUGUGUGUGUGUGUGUGUGUGUGCGCGCACCCUUCCUUCCUGCCCUCUAAAUCUUGGGUGGGACCUCUAAGCAGUUUUUUCCUGAUCUCUUUCUCUCACAGUGAGUGUUUUUAUUUUUGUACUUCCCGACCAGAACAUGGGAAACUCGGAGGGGAAGGAGCGGAGACCUGAUCCCAGAGAUCAGGACAGUGAGAGUGACCAGUCAGAGUAAGAGAGCCCUCGUUGAGUUUUAUGAUGAACAUCUCAGAUUUAAUGUGUCUGAUAUCUUCAGUGUUCAUCAUUUCAGUCUUUACCGACUCUUAGUCAGGGAUGGGGGCCGUAGUUAGUCCUCAUAGAUACAGUUUCAGAGUCUUUGUGGCACGACCUUAAUUUAAUAAAAUGUCUUUAAUACUAAAGACUUUUUCAGGGCUUGACUCUAACUUUUUCACAUGUUCUCCUCAGUUAAAAAAGUAAAGAGCACACAAAGAACUUUAGGGGCACAAUGAUCAGAUCAUUUUUGUUUUAUUGGUCGACAUAAGUACGAUUAUUUGAAAUCAAUUUUAGGUCUCUUGGUCACAUGACAGUGAAGCUAUUAAAGAAAAUGUUUAGAAUUUGUCUUUAAAUUUAACACAAAAAUGUAUAAGGACAAAUUAGGGAAAUAAAGAGGUGUGUCUUAUUGGUGCACAUUAUAGUUAUAGUCAACAUUAUUAUUAUUACUUUUUGAUGUUGGGGUUACAGGGUCACCAAGAUCCCCAAGCGUCCCCCAUCGUUUAUGUUGACCCGGCUUUUUAGCUCUUGUCCGCUCUACCUCCGUUUUAAGCGCCCGUUAUUCCUCCAGAGUCUCCGGUAUUUACUUUGUUUUCUUGCUUGUGUCGGCAGUCGUGGCCAAAGGAGGAUUCAGACAAUUUUCCGAACUUUCUGGUUGGUUUCUACUGUCCGAUAUUGUAGCACGCUAACUUUGUUUGGGCUCCUGAACGACACGGGGGAGCAGCGUCUGCCUCACAACCAAUCAGGUUAGAGGAGGUGGAGAACGGCUUUGUUUACAGUCAGAAAGAGCGGACCGCUCAAAAAUGUUCAAAUGUUGACGACACAGACAUAAGAGAACACAGAGAUAUCGAUAUAUUACCAAAUAAUCAAUAACUAAUAACUAUUGACUGAUAUUAGAAGAUUUUUUGUAAAUAAACCACAAAAUAAAAAGAUGUUUCUUUAACAGAAUCCUGCCGACCCCACCUUCUCUGGCCUCAGUUCUGAAAAACAACCCCUCCCAUCUGAAAGAGCUGGACCUGAGUCUGCAGGGUUCAGAUGUGGAGCUGCUGUGUGAUUUUCUGAAGAGUCCGGAGUGCAGGCUGGACACUCUGAGGUCAGAAAGGUGGCUUUUUGAGGGUCAGAGAAUUGUUCAACCUCAGUGAAAAACUCUCACAGUUUGAUUGUAUUUAGAUAAGACUUAGUGAGAGCUGUUUUUAAUUCUCAGUUUUGUUUUAACCGUCAGUGGGCAGAUGAUAUGCAUGUUUUUUUUCUGCCUUAGUUCAUAACAGACACUUGCACACACCUCUGGAUUAACAAUAUUUCUUUACAGGUUGAUCGACUACAGUUUGUCAGAGGCCAGCUAUUCUUCCCUGGCCUCAGCUCUAAUAUCCAGUCCCCACCCUCUGAGAAAGCUGGAGCUGAGAGUAAAAAACAUGCAGGAUUCAGAAAUAGAGCUACUGUGUGAUUUUCUGGGGAAUCCUGAAUGCAGACUGGAGACCCUGAAGUAAGACUUCCUACUUUCCACUGCAGAGAGCUAAGCUUCAGUUUGAAUAUAUUCAUUUCACAUGAAAACCCUUGGUAAACUUUGUUUCAGUUACGGUAUUUUGAAGUUUUUCGGAUUUUCUUUAAGUCUUUUACCUUCUUCACUUUGCUUCUCUUCAAACUCAGAUUGAGCACCUCCAGUUUAUCAGAGAUCAGCUGUGCUUCUCUGGCCUCAGCUCUGAUAUCCAACCGCUCCCCUCUGAGAGAGCUGGAUGUGAACUGUGAGUAUCUCGAAGAGUCGGGAAGGAAGCUGCUCUGUGAGCUUCUGGGUAAUCCAAACUGCCAUCUGGAGAGUUUGAGGUUAGACUCCUGAUUUAUAAGAAAGUAUACGCUGUUUUUCUGGGUGGUGUUCAGAGUCUCUUUUCCUGUUUUCUCUCUCUUUUUUGAUGAAGAACCUUUGAGUCCAGUUUAGAAACUAACAAUAACAAAGGGAACUUUUGUACUGAUAAAUGUUUACGUACGCCCUUGCUUAUCUGCAUCCUCUAUCUAUAAUGUUAUCUUAAUCUACUCCAAUAUUUCAUCCUAUUUUUCAGUGUAAAGGACAAAAGUUGCUCAGGGCUCAGCCUUGCUUGUUUGGAACCAAUUCUGAAAAGGAACCCCAGCUAUCUGUCCGUCGGCAAACUGCAGGAUUCAGCAGCGAGACACCUGCAGGACUAUCUGAGGCGUCCAGACCGCGAACUGACCCUGAAGUAAGUGUGGAACAUAAGAAAGUUGAUGUAGUAAAAGAAAUGGUGAACACAAAUAAGAUGUCUGUACUCCAUCAAAUAUUCAGAGUCGCCCAGGCGUCCGAACAAAGAAAAGACUGAAGUGAUAAACCGGACGAGUCUCUUGAUAUUACCAUACAAACCUCAAAAGCAUCUUCAUGUGAUUGGUGAACUCCUGUGAUUAGAUCAGAUAGAACCUUACUGGUCCGUUUGGGAAGGUUCCCUUUAAGCAGAUGAAAAGUGGUUCUGGCUCAGAAAAUGACAGUCAGCAGUUGUUUGUGGUCUUCUUGUUUUAUAUCAUAUCAUAUAUCAUAAACAUUUAGAGUUAGAUCAUGAAGGAACAAUGUCUUCAAGUUUUUCAUGGUUGUUUCUACAGGAUUGUCGAUGAGCAGCAGCAGGAGGCCAAUGAUGGUUUCAGGGUCUCAGCAGCGGUCAACAUUCCUGCACAAGAAGAGGUCACAGCAGAGGAGAAGCUGAAGUUAGCGCGGAAACGGUUUGUGGACAGUGUGUCUGAUCCUGUCCUGAACGAUCUUCUGGAUGUCCUCUUAAAGCAUGAGGUUAUAAAUAAUAAUGAGAUGGAGUCACUCAGGUCAAAAAUCAGAGCAGAUAAAGCCAGAGUUCUGAUCGACGCAGUGCGAGCGAAAGGUACUGAAGCCAGUUUGGUUCUGAUCAAUGCUCUCUGUGAGGUGGAUCAGUACCUUUCUAAAAAGCUGGAUUUAGUCUAAAGCAGAGUAACGGUGGGCUGGGAUGAUGAAAUAGACUGGCUGUAUUAGAGUAGUUGUGACUUUCAAAGAGAAUUUGUGAUUUCUCUGUUUUGAUUUUGGGUGGAAAAUGAAACAAAUCUGUUUAGAAAAGUCUGCUUCUGUCUGUAAACUAAUUUAAAUAUCCUCUGUUGGAUAAACUGACUUUGAAAAUAAAUCUCGAUGAUGACGUUGUUGUCCAGCUCCA